UUUUAUUGUAUCAAAUCAAAUAAAUCCUGUUCAAUCUUAGCCAGAUUUAAUUAUAUUAACUCAUCUUCUACUCCAGUUAGACUAAAAUUAAGCAUAUCAAUGGCGCCAACAUCUUCAAUCCAAUUCAUAGAUGCUGCACUUUCUUGUACAACUCCUUUUUCUCUAUCCUACACAGACUCUGAGCAAAAAUGGCUCAUCCGAAAACACCUCAUUUCAUUUCUUCAAGAUUACCCCACCUUCAUUCCUUCAAACGAUUCAUUUACUCACAACGAUGGCACCACAGUGAACCUUUUAAACGCCACUGGAUAUCUCCAUGUCUCUUCUUCCACACCUCCUAUUCACCUCACCAUUUGGGUUCAUGAAAGCUACCCUUUCAUACCUCCCAUGGUGUUUAUUUCCUCAAACAACGCGAAUCAUCAUCACCAUAAUCAUCCUUUUGUUGAUUCAUGUGGAGGAAUCGCCUCGGCUUAUCUUCAAACUUGGUCUUACCCGGGACACAAUUUGUCCGAACUUGUUCACAAUCUUGUCAAAAUCUUUUCUCACGAUCAUCCCUUCGCUAAUUCUUCCCCCGGUCCUACUUUGUCUCACCCUUCUUUCGCUUCGAAACGGGAGGCUCUCGACCGCCUUUCGGCGAUGCUUCACUACGAUGCGGCGGCAGUGAUGUCCAAGACAGCGGAAGAAAUAGAGGAGCUAUCGAUAUUACAAGUAGAAAUGAAGAAGAGAGCCGGUGUUAUUGAGAAUAUAGUUACUGAGCUGGAGAUGGAAAGGAAGAAGCUGAAGGAGAGAGCGAUGGAGUUGGGUGACAAAGCUGAUGUGCUGAGGAGUUGGUUGGCCGCAAAUGAUCCGAAGUCGUUUGAAGUUAUGAAUGAAAUUGAAGAUGCAUUUGAAGCGAUUGGUGAGGGGUCGAAAAUAGUGGUUGAAAAAUUGGCUGCUGAUAAAGCUGUAGAGGAUGUGAUAUAUGCAUUGGAUAAGGCACUUGAAGAAGAAGUUGUGAGCUUUGAGAUUUAUAUUAGGCAGAUUAGAAUGUUGGCCAGAGAGCAAUUCUUUCACAGAGAUUUUUUGGUCAAAUUAAAAGGUUGGGAUAUACGUAUUUAGUCU